UUUUAUUGGCUCAGUAAGACGCACACACUCAAUUUGUUUGCGAAAGCCCGCUAGGGAGAAAAAAAAAAACGAAUUACGGAGCACUAGUUCAAAACAUAUUAGGGUUUCUGUUCUUCCUCAAUCCGAUUCGAGUUCAUUCUUCAAAUCUUACUGAUCAAAUGGAGAACCCUGCCGCGGAUCAGCUUCCGGAAGCACAUUCAUUGCCUGAUGGAUUUGUUGAUAGCGCCACAGAACCAUUGGCUCCUUCAACCCCAACCCCUGAGCAAGAAAAUCCAUUGAAUGAUGAUUAUAAGGAGGAGAAAUUAUUAGAACCUGAUUCAAGACCUGAACUUCAGGUCGGUGAUGGUGGAACACAGGAGACUCACAAAUUGAGAACAUUUCCUGUUCCAUUGUCUGGAAAUGAUGGUGAUGAUGCUUUGCUUGGGCCAGUAAAAGUUCCCAACGAGGGCUCUAUGGAUAAGAUUAUGCAUGAAUCAGCAAUGUCUGUUCCUGGGGAUGCAACGAGGGAGCUACUGGAUGGCUCAUCUCAUGGUAAAGAACAAGCUGAAGGGAAAUCUCAGAGUUCAGAGAAACCAGUUGAAGGAAGUUUGGAAACCCAAGCGACCUGCAUGAAGGAGAUAUCUUCAUCAGAAAGCAUUGAAAACAACAGAAAAGUAGAAACCUCUGAAGUGAAACGUAAGAAUGCAAAGCGUACCUCUAAAUCCGACAAGGAGUUCCUAGAGUUCACUUUGAAAUAUCAACAAGUGCUUGCAGAAAGAGAUGCAGCUAUUGCUGUUCGAGAUAAACUCGAGUCAUUGUGUCGUGAGCUACAGCGCCAGAACAAAAUGCUAUUGGAUGAGUGCAAACGAGUAUCAACAGAGGGACAAAACUUGAGAUUAGAUCUAUCAACCAAGUUCCAAGAUGCAAUUAAGGAAGUAGGCAAUAAGCUAGAAGAACAGAAAGAUGAAUGUCUUUCUCAGCUCAAGGAGAAUGAGAUGUUGAGAAACAAAUUGAAGCAUUUUGCUGAUCAGUAUGCUCUUUCUGAACAGCAACAUGCGCAGAAGUUGAAGCAGAAAACAUUGGAACUCCAGCUUGCUGAUUUGAAAAUUCAGCAACAUGAAGAGAAAUUGAUCCAGGAACAGUCCCAGAUGAAAUUAUAUGCAGAACAGGUGUCACAAUUAUUGGCAACUGAGAAGAAUUUGCGGUUACAGUUAACAGCUGAUGGAGAAAAAUUCCAGCAGUUCCAGGAUGCAUUGGUGAAAAGCAAUGAGGUCUUUGAAACGUUUAAGCAAGAGAUAGAAAAGAUGGCAAAAUCAAUAAAGGAACUCAGAAAAGAAAAUACCUUCUUGAAGAGCAAAUGUGAGAAAUCAGACAUCACUCUCAUAGAACUCGUUGAGGAGCGCGAGCAUUUAAAGAAGCAACUGGAGAAAGCUAGGAAUCAGAAAGAAAAGCUUGAAUCGUUGUGCCGGUCACUUCAAGCUGAAAGAAAGCAAAGUUCAGUUGGUAGUAACAGCUCUGAUACGGUUUCAAUACUUCAAGCAGAAGGAAAGCAAAGUUCAGUUGGUAGUAACAGCUCUGAUACGGUUUCAGUUUGAAUACAUACUCUACUAGGCUACGUUAAAAAAUCGGUAGUGCAAUCUACAGUGUAUACCAUACUAUGCUUCAGCCGUGUGCCUUCCCCGGAGUUCUCAAAAGAAUUCUUGGAAAAGAUCAUAUAAUGUUACACAACGUUCCACCUUUUCUCAGCAUUAAUUAAAUUUUUGUGUUGUAUUAUUCGAGCUCAAUUGUAUCUUUACUAAUACCUAUUUGUGGAUUGGAACCGAGAUUUGGACAUAAUAUGUGGUUGUUAUUUCUUAUUUUUAUUUGGAUGAGGGAUUUUGUUUGAUCA